GCGCCAACCCCGGCUCAGCCGGCGCGCGAGUGAGAAGAGGUGUGGGGCGGGGAGUCCGCGCGCCAGAGCGAACCUGGGGGCGCCUCUGGAGGAGGGGCCCCCGCCCCCGCCCCAGCUGGAGGAACUCCUGGAAAGCCGUGCAGUUGGGAAAGGGGCUGGGUCUCUGCCAAGGUCGCUCCCGAGUUUUUGGCAGAACCUCCCUGUGGGGGCUCCGGGUGUGGGUGGGACCUCUCUGCAUCCUGGAGCGCGGCAGCACAGACUCCGGUCCUGGGUCCGGGGCCCCAGUACCCGCGUCUGUGCAGGCCGUUGGUUCUCAGAGGUGCUUCCAGUUCCCGGCCAGGCUGAUGUGGGGCCGCUGCCCUGUGCGUGCAGGAAGGUUGUGGGCUCUUCCCAGAGUUGGGCGAGCACUUCCUCUUCCCCACGGCCUGGAAAGACAAGGUCCUGGAGGAAAUGUGGCCAGAGCGGGUGGUGGGUUGUAUUCCUGUAAAGAACUGGGCCAGAUGGGUGGUCCCAGGACCCAACUACUUCCCUUCCCUCACAGGGGCAGGGAAGUAGUGAGCGAAGCCCCCCCCCCGGGGGGGGGUCAUACUGGGAGCACCUCACUCCGUUGCACCUGGCAGAGCUGGGGCCCAGAUACUAGGGUGGAAUGAGGCUUCAUUCCCAGCAGGGGUGCUGAGAGGGUGGGCUUCUGGUAGGGGUGAUGCUGGAGUGGCUUGAGCCUCUUAAAGGGAGAGUUAAGGUGGAUUUGCCCUGGGGGGAAGGAGGCUGGGCUCCGGGAGAAAGUGGUUGAAGUGGGUUUGUGCUGCCUGGAGAGGUUGGGGCAAUCUUGCCUGUGAUGUGGGGUGGGGAGGUGUGGAGUGAGAGGUGGGGGGAAUUAAAUGCAUUUGAGGGGCAGCCUGGGCUGCAGGAGGCUUGUGACCCCUUGUGUUGGGAGGACCCAGGCAAAACACAGCCACGGAGUUGCUGUGUGACCUUGAGUGUAUGGCCUCCCUCUCUGGGCCUCUAGAUGAAGUGGUCUGUGGGGUGGGAGUGAUCCCUGCCUAGUGAAUGCCCUUCCCUGGAGGCAUCCAGGCCAGGGCCGGGCAGAGCUGGGAGCCACCGCUAGAUGGAUGCUCACUUCAAGGAGUCAGAGACUCGAGGUCCUGGGUAAGGGCCCCAGUCCAGCCUCCCUGCCACAGCCCCAGGACCCUCUGGAUGGACCUGGCUGCCAAGCUGACCCUACAUAACCUCAAUAUGGCUCACUUCCCAUAGUACCUCUGGAUCCCCCAAGGCCUAGCUGGGUGCCAAGCACACAGUCAAUACUUCAUACAUGCAGAUGGAAAGGAUGAGGGGCAGUGAAGAGCUGGACAUUUAAGGGGUGAGAGGCAGAGUUUUGGGAUUUCCUUGAGCACUACAUUUUAUGGACCCCUCAUUUGGAUGUGGAGGCAGGGAUUAAGGGACCAGGGGCCAGGCUGCCAGCACCCCUUGGGGGCCUGGUGUCCCAGGAGCUCACUCAGAUCCCAGCAGCAGGUGGGAGGGACCUUGCUCAGAGUCAUACUUGCCCAGGUAACUCUGACUCAGCUGCUUGUGCUUGUGACCCCCAGGAGCUCAUGACAGCUCUGGGCAGGUGUAGACUUGGUCUGUUGAUCGUAGACUAGGAGUCUGAGAUUAGGAGUUGGUGACCUUGGCCAGGCUAUUGAUGUUUCUGGGGCUUGGUUUCCUCACCUGUAAAAUGAACUGAGAGCUCUCUCUUGGGUGGCUGUGCUCUGUUAAUGUCGAUCCUGGCCCCGGCCCCAAGCUGCUCUCCUGGGGAUGGGUGGCAGUAGCAGCUCAGCUGGACCCUCCUCCCUGGGACUCCCAAGCAUGGGCCCUGAACUCUGAACACAGAGGCAGCUCCAGUCUGACUUUAAGGUGCCCCCGACUCCAAACUGGGCUGCUCCCCUCCCCAUCCCCCACAGUGUCACACGUCCAUAGUCUUGGGUGCCAAGCAUGCUUCAAGGUGAUGGGGUGAGGACAGCAUUGUGGGUACUUCUGCAUCUAACCCAGUGCUGGGCACUUGGGACUUGGUCAGCAGAGGCCAGAGUUUCCCACAUGAUGCAGGUGCAGCAGCCCUGCGUCUCAGUUUUCCCAUCUGAGAGAUGGGGCUGAUCAUACCUAUCUCUAGGGAAGGCCAGUCUCAGAUGGCCUGCCCAGGACUGAGAUGAGACCACCCUAGCCUCCCAGGGGUUGGGGACUGUGUCUCUGCAGCAAGCAGGAUGCGGGGGGCUCCAGGGCUGCAGGUGCCAUUGACUUACUGGCUGGCUGUGUGAUCUGGAGCAAGUCAUUUAACUGCUCUGGGCCUUGGCUACUCUAAGGGAUGUGGACCUGGGAGCUCCUGCCUGCAGACUCUGAAAUAUGGCCUGGGGCCUCCAGGGCCAGGCAGGGAGUCUUCUGCAUUGCAGAAGGGUUGUACAGUCCUCACUGUCACUGCCUCCUGGAAGCGCUCCAAGAUCUGUCUACACUAACCUCUCCACAGGUGGGGGUAUCUUCUACUGUUGCUCAGUCAGCACAUUUAUGUGUGGGCACAGACUCUCAUUAGAGUCCUGCAUGUCCUGGACUCUCCCAGCCUCUGCACGGGAUUUGUGCCCAAUAUUCCGUGGGAAGUGAAGAGGUGGGCGGGGGAGGGAGGUGCAAACUGAAGUUGAAUGUAGGGAGAAGUAGACCUAGCGAUAUUGCUGCUAGAAGCCGCCUUGUCUUGCAGACUGGAUGGAUCAGGGUGGGUGGGGUGCCCGGCACGUGAUGGGAGCUCACUACACACAUUGGAUGUCUGAGGCCUUAGACAAUUCUUCUUGGACUAAAUGUGCAGGGACAGCUCAGGCAGAUGUUAGGCAAGGACCGUGUGCCCUGCCCUGCACCUGCUAUGGAGUGAGACACACCCCCCCCCCCGCCUGCCCCCAGGCCUUGUGCUGGCUCCCAGGGGAGAGACAGGGCCGCAUUCCCUUCUCAGGGCUGGGCUGGGCUGGGCUGGGCCGGCCGGCCGCCUGGAGCAGUGGCAAAGAGGGCUGGCCCGGCCCACCUGCUUCCCAUCCGCAGGCUGUGCCUGACCUCUCCCCUCCUGCAGAUCUCCUACCAGGACUUGCCGCCCCGCCCCUGCACCUGCCUCCCUUCCGGGAGGGGUGUGGGCCCACCCUGCCUCCCGCCUGUCCCUUUGGCCCCUCUUGGCCUUGAGCUUAGGGGAUCUGGCCCAACUCCAGCCCUAACCUCAGCAAGACCCAAGACAGCUGUGUCCCAGUGCCCCUGUCCUGGGCACUCUUCCGUUGAGGUGUGUGACUCUCUUCCGGCUGCCUCUGUCAGCCCUCAGCCAGGCCCAGGCUGUGGCUGCUUCCCUGAGCUGGUGACUCCCAACAGCUGUCACCUCAUCCUGCUGCAGGACAUGCCACUUCCCAAAUGCCUCAGCCGCUCCGUUUCCCGUCCCUGCAAGACCCACUCCCAGUUCCUCAUUCUGUCGUGGGUACCACUGUUCUCAGUCAUCUUUUCCUGGGAUUGUAGUUAGCUUAAUUAGUUCUUACUAUAAUUACUUUUUUCUGCCCCCAUCAGCCGCUGGUCCUCCCAGGAUUCCCCUCAGGUCUUUGGCACCUCCGUGGGUCCCCUGUGAGCCCAGGCCCUGCCUGGCUUGGGUGGCAGUGCUGGGCGCCACCUCCAGCACCAGCACCACUGGGUGCUGUCUCAAACUUCCCCAAACCCCGUCUGCAUCCUGCUCACUUCUCUGAAACCACCAUUCAUCCCCUUUCCUCUGGGCCACAGGUCACGUGGCGUGCUGUGUCUGCUCUCCGCAUCCAGUUCCCAUCCUGCCAUGUCUUUGCUGUGUGUUCAAGCCAGUCACCAUCCCUCUCUGGGUGUCUCAUCCCGGGCUGGGGGACAUCUCCCUGCAGUGUGCUCAGGAGCCUGCAGGCGAUGACACCUGUGGACACUCCAAGCGGCGGGCUGACAGGGACGUGGCCAAGACCUUGGGAACCUGACGUACUUGUGGGUUUGGGGCUGAAGCCUUGGCUCCUCUCUGUAGGCUGAGUCUUGCUGGGCUUGCGGGCUGGUCCGAGAGUCGACACACAAACCUCUCUGGGGACCCUCUUGGUCCCAUGUGGCUGUCAGCCUCAGGGCUCUCAGGACCAGGCUGGAUGUGAGUCCAAACCCGGCCCCUGUGCUGUGGCACUGCCCCUGGGAGCUGGGUUGAGGUUUCUGCAGCCCCCUGGAGCUCGGGCCGGGGGCCCUGGGCAGUGCCCCCUCUCAGCCACUCCUUCCUGCCUGCCCCCACUUAUUUAAUGACCCCAUUGUGCCCACUAACACAGGGGCUCUUUAACUCUGGGCGAUGAUUGAACAGGGUCGUGCUGGGCACUGAUCGUGGGCAGGCUGGGCUGGGAAGGGUCGGAACUCUCAGAGAGCCACUCGGGCCCUUCUGGCCCUGGGAGCGGCCUCUGGCCAGUUCCUCCUGGCCCAGGGGCCUUACUGAGUGACUGAGGGCUUUGUGGGUAGGGACAAAAGCCCUGCCAGCCCUCGGAGGGCAGCCUGGUGGGCAAGGACAGUGAUUGCUGCAUUUUCCCUGUUGCGGGUUUCCUGUGGAAGUGACCCAGUGGCGGUUUCCUGCGGGCACUGCCUGGGCUCUAGGUGGUGGGAGCUGGCUUGGCUUCCAGAUAGGGAUAUUGGCUGCCCCGUGUACUUCUGACCUUGACCUUACUGACACCCACCCCGAGCAGGCCCCUUCCGAGGGGCGUGUGCAGCUCAUCCCAGCAGCUGGACUCCGUUUCUGCAUGGCAUGGGGCGGCAGAGGACAGGGCAGUGGACCUAGGCAGAGGACAGGGGGCGAUGUCAGGCAGAAGAACUUGACUGCUAGUCCGGCUGCCUGAGCACUGAGUUCCCCGCCACCUCAGGUGUUCAUGCUCAGGUUUUGGGGUAUCUGGUCUGGGAGGAUGAGUGUGUGCAAGAUAGAGAAUUCUGGCUUGGACUGGUCCCAAGAGGCCUGGGGGCCCUCCUUGCUCUGAAAUUUCUGAGUCACAGGAGCUGGCCUCAUAUAGCUUGGAAGUGUACGGGGCCAAGGGUCUGCAGAUUUGAGCUACCCUCCAAGCAGGGGGUGGGGAGAGGGCAUCUUCCCCUGCUGCUCCUGCCACUCUUAGCUCGGGCGUUGGGGUGUUGGUGGCUGCUGGGUGGUCCUGCUGUUCCCACAUUUCCUGCCAUUAGGACUUGACUUGGGGCUUUUGCACUGGGGGCAGGGGGAGAUGUAACGGCGACGGUGUCUCAGGCCCCCUGGACCACCAUUUAUUUCCUCCGGCUGCAGAAUUGGCCCCCAGCCCCCAGCAGAGAGCUGAAGUGAGAGCCUGUUGGGAAAAUGGUGGGGACUGUCCAGCCACACCUCCAGCUCAUGCCCUUGGGACCAGCAGGAGAGAGUUGGAGUCUUUCACUGUGGCCAGAGGCCCACACACACCACACUGGAGGACGAAGCUCAGCCCCCAUGGGAGGCGCUAGCAGCUUGGUUGUCCUAGGCCAGGGGUCUAGGCAGUGGCGGGGUGGUCCUAGCCAUGGGAAAGGCACCAGGGCUGGAAUCCUGCCCCAUGUUCUGUGCUGUCCUGCGGGUCACCCCCUGCCCCUUAGCCUGCAGUUCUCGCUCAUUCUGUCAAAGUGGGCAGCUUCCACGGUGGGGUCUGCUGCGCUCAGCCCAGCCUGAGACUACGGAUGUCCUCUCCCAGCUGAGGAAAUGGGGCUGGACUCCAGGCCUCCAGGGCACCCCUCCCCUGGGGCCUACGGUUUCAGCUGUGACACCCAGAGCCUGGGCAGGCACGUGGGUGUCUUAGCUGAAUGUGGUUGUGGGUUGAACACUUUACCCAGCACCAUGCCAGGUGACUUCUGUUUGAUUCUUAGGGUACCUCCUAUGGGAUUUUAGCCCCAUCCUACAGUUGGGGCAGCAGUGACAUUCCCAGGGGCUUGCGUACCCCAGGCCAGAGCCUGGCGUGGACCCUGGCUUGCCUGACGCUGGCCGGUGUUCUUGGCCACAGCUCCCCUAGCCCACCCCCACCCCCCUGGAAAGGUGGUUUCUGGGCCCGAGCAGAGUCUGAGAAGCCAGUUUGGGCUGGAAUUGGGUCAGGUUUCCCUGCUACAGCCAAAGAGGAGCCUCCGAGUCCCCUGGGCCCAGCAGCCCUUGAUAGUGAGGCAGAUGCACCAAUUCUGACAGUCACUCCCAUGCCACCAUCCUUCCCCUGUAGCUGGGAAGCUUUGGGCCUGGGCUGAAAACCUGACCACCUGUCCCAGCACCCUUGCAAGUCCCUUCUCUGAGCCUCUGUCCCCUCAUCUGUAGAAUGGGGAUAAUACCACGAGUGCUAUGGAGAGAGUUUUAAACCAGAUAAUGUGGCCAGAGCCCCUGUGUAGAGUCUGGCACAGUGUGAGUGCCUGGCUGCAGACCCCAGCCCAUGGGCAGCCACAGCACUGCUGGGGCAGGGGAGGGGCUGCUGUGGCCCCUCAAGCCUCAGGAGCUCCUGCCAACAAGAGCCCCCGCUCCCCAGCAAGGCUGUUAUCCCUGUGUGGCAUAGACGCUGUUGGUGGAGUGAGGGAUGUGUGUCCCCCCUGGAUCAGCAAGGCCCCAGUCUCUGCCAGGCAGGACCAUCGGGGAGCCUAAGGCCACACUCUGGGCCAGCCCCAGAGCAGAGGCCAGGCCGGGCUGGGCCACUAGACAGGGCCAUGUGAAGGGUUGGGAGUGGGGUCUCUGGGUGCUGUCCCUUUGUAUUACCAAGGGAGAAACAAGCUUGGGGGCUGCUUGGUGACCUUUCCAAGGUCCUGAGGACAAGGAGUGGGACCGGUCCCCAAACUCACACACACACCUCCUCCCCUGCUAUCCUGAGUCCCAUGAUCUCCUUGGCCUGGUCUUGCCCUGUCCUGUGCGGGCCUCUCAGCCCCCUCCCCCCACUUCCCCCACUGAUAUCAGGGCCCGGCCUCCCCCGGCCCAGCCGCUGCGGCUGAGAAGCUGCUGGCUCAGGAGCCUCCAGCUUUUGCUGAGUGAGCAAGUCCAGAGGUGCUGUCUUGGCACAAACCACCGCUGGCCGAGCCCUGUCCCUCCCUUCCCUCUCCAGGGUCUACUUCCAAGGGGGGAGCGUGGAUGGGGGCGGGAAGGGAGCACAGGCCCUGCUCUGCCUCCAGGGUCUUCCCCUUCAGGGAGGGGUGGGUCCUGAGGUCACAAGGCAGGCCAGGGAAAGCUAGGACUGCUCCCCGCCAAGUUCAGAGGGGCAGGAAGUGGGUCUGCCUUGCCCAGGCUGUUGGCAGCGUCUUCCUGCCCCGGCCCUGUCUGCCCUGGCCCCGUCCUUCCUCUCUGGUCCAGCCCCAAAGGGGUGGAAUUUGCAUUAACUGUGUCAAUGGAGGCAGCUUCCGCCUAAGUCCUGGGUGCCAAGGUUUGACACACGUCCUGAUUGUGGUAUCAACUUUGAGCGCGCCCCAGCCAGACCAGGGCCUCCCGCCGCCCCUCCCAGCCGUCCCGGUCCCCUGGAAGAGCGUGGGCCCCUGCAAAGGCCGCAGGGAGUCCCCAGGAGCUCUGGUGGAGACCUCUGCAGGGGAGGAGCCCCAAGGUGAGGAGGGGCCCGCCGCCCAGCUGGACGUGUCCCGCCUGCGCAGCUCUUCCAUGGAGAUCCGCGAGAAGGGCUCCGAGUUCCUGAAGGAGGAGCUGCACAGAGCGCAGAAGGAGCUGAAGCUGAAGGACGAGGAAUGCGAGCGUCUGUCCAAGGUGCGGGAGCAGCUGGAGCAGGAGCUGGAGGAGCUGACGGCCAGCCUGUUUGAGGAAGCCCACAAGAUGGUUCGAGAAGCCAACAUGAAGCAGGCAGCAUCAGAAAAGCAGCUGAAGGAGGCUCGGGGCAAGAUCGACAUGCUGCAGGCGGAGGUGACAGCCUUGAAGACACUGGUCAUCACAUCCACACCAGCCUCACCCAACCGCGAGCUCCACCCACAGCUGCUGAGCCCCACCAAGGCCGGGCCCCGAAAGGGCCACUCGCGCCAUAAGAGCACCAGCAGUGCCCUCUGCCCUGCCUUGUGCCCUGCUGCGGGGCACACCCUCACCCCAGACAGGGAGGGCAAAGAGCCCGGGCUGGCCCCACUGCUCUCUCUGCUUCUCUGCGUGGUCCCCAGCAAGGCGGUUCACCUCACCUACGAGCCAGCCUGGCAGCUCCUGCCUGGGCAGCCGCCCUCGGCCCCCACCUCCGCUCCCUCUCUCUCCUUUUCCCGACAGGUGGACACAACCCUGUUUGCAGAGUUCCAGGCCUGGAGGGAGUCGCCCACCCUGGACAAGACCUGCCCCUUCCUGGAAAGGGUGUACCGGGAGGACGUGGGCCCCUGCCUGGACUUCACGAUGCAGGAGCUCUCCGCGCUGGUUCGCGCUGCCGUGGAGGACAACACACUCACCAUCGAGCCUGUGGCUUCACAGACGCCGCCCACGGUGAAGGUGGCCGAGGUUGAGUGCGGCAGCGCCAACACGUGUGCCCUGAGUGGGCUGGCCCGUGUCUGCCGCCACCGCAUCCGGCUCGGGGACUCUGAGAGCCACUACUACAUCUCGCCGUCCUCCCGGGCCAGGAUCACCGCAGUGUGCAACUUCUUCACCUACAUCCGCUACAUCCAGCAAGGCCUGGUGCGGCAGGACGCGGAGCCGAUGUUCUGGGAGGUCACCAGGCUGCGGAAGGAGAUGUCACUGGCCAAGCUUGGCUUCUUCCCCCAGGAGGUUUAGGGCAUGGCCUGGCCUGGAGGGGGCUCUGAGCUGGAGCAAACACCUGCCCCAGGACAAGCAGGAAGAGAGGGAGACAGGGUCCUGGAGCCAGUCCUGAGCCGGAAGCCAAACGGAUGGACCAGUGGACAGCUAAGCCAGCACACACUGUUCUGCGACAGACCGGCCUGGACUUCAUGAGAAGACCCUUCUCUCGUCCCCACUGGGUCCUGCAACCAUCAAGAGGAUUUCAAGAAAACACCAAAGACCAAGGAGCUUGGAGCCAUACUGGGGUGGAGGUGCUUAGCUCUUGGGAAGGGACACCUGAGGCAGUCAGCACCCCCUCCCUGGUUCCUUGAGUGCCUUGUUGCUGGCAUAUUUUCAGAAAGGGACUGUGCUGGGGUGGCCAGGUAGCCAGGGCAUCCUCCACCCCAGUUCCCAAACCCUGGGCCACAAGCACCCCCUGUGGCCAUCCCACACCUCAUUCCUUAGUGACCUCUGAGAGCCACAGCAGCAGGGCCAGGAGGGUUGGCAGGGCCCCCCACCACUCGCCCAGCCAGCCUGUGCGUGGCUGGGCACUGCCCCAGGGCGUUCUGAGAUGAGUCAGGGCCCCCUUCAUAAUGGCCUCCCCUGUCACCUCCCCUCCCUCCCCCAUCCAGCCCUGUGCUCCGGGCGCCCAGCUCGCAAAACCGCUGGAGGGAUUGGUAAGACACAGGCAGGGCCUCAGGACGCCAGCGCCUGUGUUCAGCUGUGGGUGGCCGCAGACAACGGGCCUUGCAUGUGGGGCCGAGCAGGGCGGGCAGGACCCGGCCCUCCCCCACCCGCCACAGCCCCCUCAGGACCAGGGUUAGGGGCUCCGACCUGGACACAUCUCUCACCACGUCAGGAUUUCCUUCUCUGAGUGGAAUGUAACGCGAUCUCUAUUUAAUAAAGGAAGCCUUUGUUGGUAGA